CACCACUUAUCAUCCAUCCGCAAUCUCAAUCGUCAUGAGCCUGCUCGCCCUUCCUGCCCCGCCCAAAGGUGCCGACGACUCCAAGGUCCUCCUUGGGUUGGGUGGCUACCCGCACUUGAAGCGCGUGGAAAUCGCCGGUCGCUCUCUGCACAAGCGUGUGCGCAACGCGGCUCGUGGCCGCUCGCUGUCGAUGGAAAGCGUCGGCGACGACGCCAAGGUCGCGGCCAAGCUGCAAGAAGAAGCCAUCUUGGACAAGUACCGCAAGUCCAUCAAGGGCAAGCAGUUCCUGCAACUGACCAUGUACCAGCAGCUCGGCUUGACUGACGUGAUGUUUGACGCCACGCCCGAACAAAUCAAGAAGGCGUACCACCGCGUAUUGAUUGAGCACCACCCGGACAAGACCCUCAAGGAUGAAGACGAUCCCAACUAUUUGGCGGUGCAGAAGGCGUUCCACACGCUCACGGACGCACAGAAGAAGCGCGCGUACGACUCGCAGUGCGAGUUUGACGAAUGGAUUCCCCUGGGCACGGAAAAGAUCAAGACCGACGACGGCAAGGGCACUGUCGACUUUUACGCGCUGUACGGACCCGUGUUUGAGCGCAACGCGCGCUUCUCCGAGGUCAAGCCCGUGCCCCUCCUCGGCGACGACAGCACGCCGCUGGACGAUGUGACGGCGUUCUACAACUUUUGGUUCCAGUUCGACUCGUGGCGCGACUUCACCCACAACGCCGAGCACGACGUUGACAGCGCAGAACAUCGCGACGAGAAGCGCUUCCUGAUGAAGAAGAACGAAGCCGCCGCCAAGAAGCUCAAGAAGAAGGAGUACGCGCGUCUGGCGACGCUGGUCGACCGCGCGCAAGCCAACGACCCGCGCCUCCGCCGCGUCAAGCAGGCCGCCAAGGACAAGAAGGAGAGCGAAAAGCGCGCCAAGGAAGCGGCUGCCCAGGCCAUCAUCGACGCCGCCAAGAAGGCCGAAGCCGACGCCGCGGCGGCUAAGGCGGCGGCCGAGGAAGCCGAGAAGGCCUCUAAGAACGAAGCCAAGCAGGCCAAAGAAAAGCUCAAGAAGGCCUUCCGCAAGGUCAAGAAGCAGUUCCGCGAACUGCUGCAAACCGCCGCCGACGUCCGCGUGGACGAGUACGAAGUCGAGUUCUUGUGCGAGUCUCUUGAAUUCGACCAAGUGACUGCGUUGAACGAAGCGCUCGCCGCCAACCAAUCGGCUGGUGUUGAAGAAGUCGUCCAAGUGCUGACUGGCCUGCGCGGAGACAACUACAUGCAAAAGCAAGCUGCCAAGCGCGGUUAAGGCUAAUCUAACCAACGUGUGAUGACCUACUAAUGUGUCUGGUUGGCUUCAGCACUAACAACGUUAGCAAGUGUGUGUGAG